CACAUCACUUUCCCUUAAUUUGUGAUCCCAUGUGAUGUGAGCAUCUCUCGAAGGAAGAGACCUGGCAGCCAUACACUACUCGCACUCACACAUUUGCCUGCCGACCAUUGCCGACCUCUAUUUCUUCUACUUGCUUUUUGUUUAUAUCAGCCCUUUGUUUUCAUAUAUUUCCUGUGCCUAGUUUCAAGUUUUCUUCCUAAUAAUAUCAUUGUCUCUUAUUUUUUACGAAACCAACAGUGAAACUUGCGGUUUGUAGCUUUGUUUGUGUUUCAUUUUUGUUAGGCAAAAGAUGUCAAGUGUGUGUGUAUAUAUAUCCAGUUCAUCAAAAUGACUGGCUUAGACUUUAGCUCGUGGGUUUAUCGUUAAAAGCUUACUAAGCACCCUUCAUCAGCUGAUAAUGUGAUUUUCAGAGAAAGAAAAAGCCGUUUUUUUUUUUAAAUUUUUGCAGAUAAAGUUGGAAUGAAUAUGCUAAAGCUUUGAUUAAAGGGAAGCAUCAAGCUUUGAUGUUUUCAUUGCAGUUCUAGUCGAAGUUCAUCACUUUGGUUCUUGGUCUUGGCUUCUCUGUUCAGUGAGGAUCGAUGCUGUUUGGUGAAAAAGUUGCUAUUUUCAAGUAAGUUUGGUUGUUUUUAGCCAAGUUUGAUUCAUUUGACUAGUUUUAAGUUGUUUUGUGGUGACAUUUUGGGUAAAGAUGAAAUCUUUGAGUAGUGUAGGACUUGGGUUGAGUGUUGUUUUUGGUUGCCUUUUGUUGGCUUUAGUAGCUGAGCUUUACUAUUUGUUAUGGUGGAAGAAGAGGUUCACUAGUGGAGAGAUUGAGAGUGAUUAUAGUAACCCAGCAAGAGAAAUUUUAUGCAUGUUUUGUUGGAGAAAUCCCUCUAAUUCUAUGAGACACUCAGCUUUGAAUCCCCAAGAAGUAUGUUCUUCUCUAAGAAUAAAUGAUACCCUUGUUCAAGAACCUCACUCAAAUAACAAAGAUUUCUUGCUCAAGCCCUUUGGUGAUCAUUCUAUGGAGACAGAGCUCAUGAGGCUGCAUAAUCUUUCAGGGCCACCAAGAUUUCUCUUCACAAUUGUUGAAGAAACAAAGGAGGAUCUUGAGUCUGAAGAUGGCAAGUCUAGAAGUGAUAACAAGAGCAGAAAAAGUUCAAGAAAUAGAAGCUUGAGUGAUCUACUUCUCACAAUGGAGACUCCAUAUUUAACCCCUCUUGCUUCUCCCUCACUUUUCACUCCACCUCUUACUCCCAUCAACUCUUCCUACUACCAACAUGGAUUCAACCCUCUCUUUGAAUCUUCAACAGAUUUUGAGUUCAAUAAGAUAAGGUCGUCACCUCCUCCAAAGUUCAAAUUUUUGCAAGAUGCUGAGGAGAAACUUUACAGAAGAAAAUUAUUAGAAGCUGAGAAGAAGAUUCAUAAGAGUGAAGGGUCAGUUCGAGAAAAUGGAACCAAAUCUCCUAAUUCAAAUUUUCUAAAAGAGGAGGAAGCUGGAUCCUUCAUCACAAUCAUUGUUGAUGGAAACAAAGAAAGAGAACUUAAUAAUCAUGACCAUAACCAACUCCCUCAGUUUCAUUCAAGCUCUUCACAGGUACUUCCACUUGCAUCUUCACCGUCGACAUUUAGAUAAUCACCUUAACAUUUAGGGUGUAUGGGGAUGCAAUUAAAUUAAGCAUUGAUCUAAAUCAACUACAAAACCCUUGUAAAAUUCAUCUUGUAGUAUUUAUUUUAAGUUUUCACUUGAGUUAGGAGAGACAAAAUUCUCUGAAACAUGGUUUUGAGAGUGUACGGUUAGAGAAAGUGGAAGUGGUGGACUUGAUGGGUUAUUUGUUUUAUUCAAUCUCAAUGUCUCCUGAGCUGUCUGACACCUGUAAUCAUUCUUGUGAGUGAUGCUACCCCUGAGUUCUUGUCCAUA